AUGGGAUGCACAUCAUCUGCAGAAGCAAAACCCAACGAACCACAUUCGUCUUCAGCUCGUCUACCCCGAAACCCCGUGACGAAACCUCCCGAUCUGAUGGGCACGCUGCGCCAUCCGCGUCCGGGCGCGCGUGAAGGGGCCGGCUUCAACCCUGAAAACGCCGCCGGUGCCGAGCACAUCAGCCCGCCCAUCGCCACGGCCCGCAGCAGCAGCCGGGUUAGUGCUGUUACCCUCCAUGGCGUCUGUGGCUACACCCGAAACGGCGUGCCUGCGUACAGCAAUGGCACCUCGAACACAUGGACGAGCACGAAGAACUUCCGCGAAGGCAUCUUCAUGGGGUACCAGUGGCAGUGUGUCGAGUUCGCCAGGCGGUGGCUCUGGGUGACGCACCGACUGUUGCUGCCGGAGCGUAAAUGCGCCUACUGCUUUGCUAGUUGCACGUACGCAUACCGACUCAAGAAGGACCCAUCACCCCUCUCGCAGCGGGCACGUGCGGCGAUGCAGGGGGCUGCGACAGAGGUGAAGCACCUUGGACCGUGCGAGAACAAAGACGCCUGGGAAAAGGUACCCGCCAAGUUCGUGAAGCAAGGCUCACGGGUGCCUCCGGUGGCGGACAGCUUGAUUGUCUACCCGAUGAGCUGGGGUAGUCCGUGGGGACACAUCGGUGUCAUCACCGCCGUUGACCUGGAUCGAAACUGUGUCUACGUUGCAGAUCAAAACCGCUACUUUCAUCACUGGAACGGCAAGUUCUGCAGCGCCGUCUUUCAGCUGGACUGCGACAAGGGCCGAUUCUACGUACGCGACCACGAGAGCGAGUGCUUGGGGUGGCUAGCAUUCCCAGCUGCGGUGGAGGGGCACGACGUGUGGGGUGCCGGUGACCGGGCGCCGCUGAAGGCAUGA